AUGGCCGACAACCAGGACGAUCUCGUCGCCUCCAAGACCGAGGGUUUCAAGGUCGGUGAGAAGAAGACAUUGGAUGAGUACAACAAGCUCGACGCCGAUGAUGAGGCAAUGGUCCGCUGGAAGGCUUCCCUGGGCCUGGACGCUGAGCAGAUCGGCCAGCCCGGUGACCCGCACUGUAUCAUCAAGUCCCUCGCUCUCCGAGUGAAGGGCCGCGAUGAUGUGACCAUCGACCUCUCCUCCCCGGAAUCCCUUGCCAGCUUGAAGGAUAAGCCUUUCACCAUUAAGGAGGGCGCUACUUUCCACAUCCAGGUCGUGUUCCAGGUCAAUGGCGAGGUCAUGAGUGGACUUAAGUACGUCCAGGUUGUGAAGCGUAAGGGUGUUCGCGUGAGCAAGGACGAGGAGAUGCUGGGCAGUUAUGCACCCAACACGACAGCGAAGCGUGUCCACACCAAGGACUUCCAAGAGGAGGAGGCACCAUCCGGCAUGCUCGCUCGUGGUCAUUACAAGGCUACAUCGCGAUUCGUCGAUGACGAUGAUAAGAGCCACCUUUCCUUCGAAUGGUCUUUUGAUAUUGCCAAGGAUUGGUAA